GUAAGACCAGACGAACAUUUCCUCUCCACAUUGACUCGCCGCCUUAUCUCUCUGACGGAGGUUACCUGACAUCUUGUCAAAUAAAAAUAAAACAUGCCGGGGCUCCUGAGGACCAUCGCCAGUCGCGCCGCUCCCGUCCUGCGGGGACAGACGGUGACCCAGACGGCGAACUUAUAUACGAGACCGGCGAAGGAGAAGAUCGGCGUCUUGGAAACAACAAUUGCAAUGGGCUUCUUUACUGUUGCCAUCCUGGGACCUUCUGGAUGGGUCCUGGCCCACCUGGAGGACUACAAGAAGAAGGAGUAAAGUGGACUCUUAACUGUCAGAUCUGCUGCAUCCAGCCGGCGUCUCAUCCUGGGACCAUGAUCUUAAUGCUACGCUCCAGAGAAGAUGUUUUACUUAUCGCUCCUCUACCUCUGUGACGUUUCCACAUCCCAGUUAUUUAAAAUUCACAUACAACAGUGGCUCUGAUACACCAACCAUGUUAAGGUUGUGUUGUCAAUCUUUCCUCGUUAAGGAGUGUGUUACAGAAUAAAAUUUUAAACUUAAA